GCAAUGGGUGUGCGGGGUGGAAAUAAGGCAGUGUGUUCCAGGGGUACGACUGCUUUGCUCCCUUACUAGCUGAGAAUCUUGGGUGAAUUUUCGGCAAGCCAGCGGGACACUACUUCGCCCCCUCCCCCCGGAAAGUCCCGUCACCAAAUCCAGAUCAUUCCACGAACAGGGGUGGAGUAUAAUUCUCUCCCGGAAGGGUAAUUUAGCACAAGAUGAGACAGCAGUGGCGAGGGAAGGGCAGUGGGGGUGGGGUGCGGCGGAUGGGGGCGUUUGCUCUCCCCGGGACUCCCAGGCUUUGCCGCCGAGCCACAAUUUGCUGAAGGAGCAAAGAACAUCCUCGGCUCUAAGUAGGGCUUUUAGUGUGCUCAUUGAUGAGUGAAAGUCGCCACACAUGUCAAGCUAAAGGCAGUUGUUGGGUUACUAACAGGACCCAGCGCCUUGCAAACAUAUGCGCUAAGCUGUGUAUACAGAUGGCACGCAGAAUAAUGGAGCAGGCGCCUUUUAUAAAGCUCUAGCUGCUGCCUGUCUUCAGACCUGGGAAAUGAAACUAUUCAGACUCGCGGCCAGAUAGCGCCUGCGAUUGUUUGUUACCGUUUUAAUCCUAUUAAUUAAAACGUUAACCUGAUUGGGUAGAAAGCGCUGUCCCAACAGGCGAGUCUUCUUCAUAAUAACCUACUCAGAGAUAAUGAUGUAAAAGACUCCCCCGUCUGUGGCGGCGGCUGGUUGAUGGGUCCGGAAAUCUCUUGAAGGUGAAUCCAAGCAAGAUAAACGGUGCGGAGAGGCGGCGCGGGGCUGGGCUCAGAGCGGCGGCGGCAGCGGCGGCGGCUCCACUCCCUCCGCGCCCACCCUCCCACCAUGCGGGGCCGCGGCCCAUGGUGAGCCCCAGCAGCCAGCACCAUCGGCUGGAGACGAAGAAGAAGAAGAAGAGGAGGCGGAGAGCGCGGGGGAAGGCGAAAAAGAAAAAGAAGGGGAGAGGGCUGCCAGCAGCACCGGGACCGACGCGCGCACCAGCCCAGGAGCCCGGCUCGGGCGCGUCUGCGGCGCCGCCUGACUCCCCAGCCGAGGCGGCGGCGGCCGGCGCGGCGGGCCGGGGCUGUGCGCCGGCGCCGGACCAUGGAGCGCGGGCUGCACCUCGGCGCAGCCGCCUCGGGCGAAGACGACCUCUUUCUGCACAAGAGCCUGAGCGCCUCCACCGCAAAGCGCUUGGAGGCGGCUUUCCGCUCCACGCCCCCGGGCAUGGACCUGUCCCUGGCGCCGCCGCCCCGGGAGCGCCCGGCGUCGUCCUCCUCCUCGCCCCUGGGCUGCUUCGAGCCGGCUGACCCCGAGGGGGCAGGGCUGCUGCUGCCACCGCCUGGGGGAGGCGGCGGCGGCGCGGGAGGCGGCGGCGGCGGCGGCGGCGGGGUGGGCGUCCCCGGGCUGCUCGUGGGCUCUGCCGGCGUUGGGGGCGACCCUAGCCUGAGCAGUCUGCCGGCUGGGGCCGCCCUGUGCCUCAAAUACGGCGAGAGUGCGAGCCGCGGCUCGGUGGCCGAGAGCAGCGGCGGCGAGCAGAGCCCCGACGACGACAGCGACGGCCGCUGCGAGCUGGUGCUGCGGGCCGGAGGCGCCGACCCGCGGGCCUCCCCGGGCGCGGGAGGCGGCAGCGCCAAGGCGGCCGAGGGCUGCUCCAACGCCCACCUCCACGGCGGCGCCAGCGCCCCCUCGGGGGGCCCCGGCGGCGGCGGCGGCGGCAGCGGCGGGGGUAGCAGCGGCGGCGGCGGCAGCGGCGGCAGCGGCGGCGGCAGCAGCAGCAGCAAGAAAUCCAAAGAGCAAAAGGCGCUGCGGCUCAACAUCAACGCCCGGGAGCGCCGGCGGAUGCACGACCUGAACGACGCGCUGGACGAGCUGCGCGCGGUCAUCCCCUACGCGCACAGCCCCUCGGUGCGGAAGCUCUCCAAGAUCGCCACGCUGCUGCUCGCCAAGAACUAUAUCCUCAUGCAGGCGCAGGCCCUGGAGGAGAUGCGGCGCCUCGUCGCCUACCUCAACCAGGGCCAGGCCAUCUCGGCCGCCUCGCUGCCCAGCUCCGCGGCGGCGGCGGCGGCCGCCGCUGCCCUGCACCCGGCGCUCGGCGCCUACGAGCAGGCUGCCGGCUACCCGUUCAGCGCCGGGCUGCCCCCGGCCGCCUCCUGUCCGGAGAAGUGCGCCCUGUUUAACAGCGUCUCCUCCAGCCUCUGCAAACAGUGCACGGAGAAGCCUUAAACACACCCCCGGAAAACACUAGACCGACCCCAAAGCUAGAGGAAAGUGAAAAGCUGCCCCCCACCCCUUUUACUUUGGUCCUCUCGUAGUUGUGAAACACUUGCAAACAAAACAGAGGCGAAAACUGAGAAGUAUCAGAGACAAACGGGACUUUUAGCCUCGACAUCCCCAGAAUCUCGGUCUUUGGGGUGGGGAGGGAGGGAGGAGGGAGGUGGAGUUGGGAUGAAGUAUGGAUGUUUUUUUUUUUUUUUUUCUCAGAAAAGUGGCAACUUUGGUGGCAGCCUAGACCGCAAGGAAGCUUAAAAUAUAAGUUGGGAAGUAGUCGCUUGGUUAUUAAGCGUGGAGAGUAUUUAUUAAAUGGCAAAAUACUAAUCCUACUAAAUAAUUGUGAAUUUGGCUAGUGCUGAGGGGCAGAGGAGGAGUCCGGGGUUGGGUGGCUUGUGGGAUGAAUAUUCAUUCAGACAAAUCAGAAAGGGCACUUGAAAAUAAAUUUUGAUUCUGAGCCAGGAGAAAAACUUGAAAUGUAGACUUAUUUAAGUGGGGGAAGAAAACCAGAAAGAGACACAUUGCUAUGAAAGACUUGUAUUUUUUAUUGUCUCUGAACUUUAAUCCUGUGAAAAUGCUCAAAAGUUUUGGCAAGAGUGAUAUAAAAAAAAAAAAAAAAAAAACUGACUGUGGCUGAAAGAAUUGCAUUUAAAAAUAUUUAUGUGCACCUUGUUACUUUUCACUCUGCAAUGAUGUAUUAACAAUUCAUGGUAUUUAUUUGUUAUUUUUCAGUGACCCUUCCACAUCAACAAUAUUUAUCAUGUGUUAAGGUCAUGGGUCUUUUGUGCAGAUUUUUUUUAAUGCCUCUAAAAUUCUGUUUUAUAGAUUAACUUAUACUGUGUGCCAAGUGUUUAAAAGGUUUAUUUGCCAACAAGUAUGAAGAGACAUAUUGAUGUAUCUGAGCUGCUUAGGUUUAUCAAAGGUCACCUGGAUAUUUUCAGUUGCAUCAUCCCUGUAUUUAAAUUGAGCUUUAAUAAAUUGCUUCAGUCCAAAAAUUACAGGAAGGUGUAUUCUUAAUUGAUGAAUGAAUUGAUCUCUUUUUUUGAAAGGGGACUCCUUUGCAUUCUAAAAGGGAAGGACAUCACAGCAAUAGAUCCUAUAAGUAAGAACAUGCUAAGCAAAUAUUUUUCCAGGCUGUGCUGUGCAUUUUUAAAAGGUCUAAUUUAAUUGCUUUUAAUAUAUAUGUACAUAUAUAAGUUAUUUUAACUGUGGAGAAUUAUUUAAGUUAAAAGACUGGUUUGAUUUGCCUAUGGUGUGAAAUCCUUUGUUAUUUUUCUAAAAAAAAAAUAAAAUUUAAAAAGAAAUAAAAUAAAACUAAGGAAGAGCAAGAAGCUAUUUACCCAAAGUGAGCUUUCAGUUUUAGUUUGCAUGGCUGUUUGCCUGCCUUUCUAUCCUAUGAAAAUCAAGAAAACCUUUUUUUAAAAAUGGAGUCCUGCUAUUUUCCACUCCUUGCAGAUAAUACAAAUUCAGCUUGUCAGGUUGGACGGCGAGUUGGGAGCUAUGAUGGAUUUACUGGCGGGUUUUGGAUGUGUAAAGAAUGAUAUAUAUAUCAAAUAGGUCAAUCAGACUAUGACAGCUAUGUACGACCAUUUGUAUGUGUAUCUAUGUCAGAAAGAAUCUUUAUUAAAAUAUUUUGAUCAAA